UGCUCGCCGUGCAGGCCCCUGGGGCGGUGGCGAGGCGACACUGAGCGCAGGAGCGGGCGGGGCGGCGGGGCGUCGCGCGGCGGCGAGGGGCAGCCCCGGCCGGGCGGCCGCCGCCAUGAGCGGCUCUUCGGGCACCCCGUACCUGGGCAGCAAGAUCAGCCUCAUCUCCAAGGCGCAGAUCCGCUACGAGGGCAUCCUCUACACCAUCGACACCGACAACUCCACCGUCGCGCUCGCCAAAGUGAGAUCCUUUGGCACUGAAGACCGUCCCACAGAUAGGCCCGCCCCUCCCAGAGAGGAAAUUUAUGAGUACAUCAUUUUCCGGGGAAGUGAUAUCAAAGACAUUACUGUGUGUGAACCUCCGAAAGCUCAGCAUACACUCCCUCAGGACCCUGCCAUCGUUCAGUCUUCCCUGGGCUCGGCCGCCUCCUUCCAGCCACACGUGCCUUACAGCCCCUUCAGAGGGAUGCCGCCCUACAGCCAGCUGGCUGCCAGCUCCCUGCUUACCCAGCAGUACGCCGCCUCCUUGGGCCUAGAGAAGUUGGUAAGCCCGCCAGCCUCAGCCGCCGCUUCCAGCCCUAGCUCUUCUCCAUCUCCACAGCCUGUUUCAGAGCUUGACAUGUCCUCAGAGCCACAUCAGCUCACUUCCAAGGGAGCUGCUUUUCCAUCCGUCCCAGCCGGCAAGAGCCCGAUGGUAGAGCAGGCUGUCCAGACUGGUUCUGUUGAUAACCUGAAUGCCAAAAAGCUGUUACCUGGAAAGGGCCCUGUGGGGCUGCAGCUCAACGGGCGUCCGGCCCAGCCAACCUGCAGGACCACCAACGAUGUAGCUCAGCCGACAGAUGUGCAAACUCAAGGGCAGGUGAAUGACGAGAACAGAAGACCUCAGAGGAGAAGAUCAGGGAACAGACGAACAAGGAAUCGCUCCAGAGGACAAAACCGUCCAGCUAAUGUUAAGGAAAACACAAUCAAGUUUGAAGGCGACUUUGAUUUUGAGAGUGCAAAUGCCCAGUUCAACCGAGAGGAGCUGGACAAAGAAUUUAAGAAGAAACUCAACUUUAAAGAUGACAGAGCCGAGAAGGGGGAGGAGAAGGACCCGGCAGUGGUGACCCCCAGUGAUGAGGCCCCUGCUGAGGAUGACCACCUGGGGCCCAACUGCUACUACGACAAAUCCAAGUCCUUCUUUGACAACAUCUCCUCUGAGCUCAAGACCAGUUCCAGGCGGACUACGUGGGCUGAAGAGCGGAAGCUCAACACAGAGACCUUCGGGGUGUCAGGAAGGUUUCUUCGGGGCCGUAGUUUCCGGGGUGGAUUUCGAGGGGGCAGGGGCAACGGUACAACCCGUCGCAACCCGACUUCCCACAGAGCUGGGACCGGAAGGGUGUGAGGAUGCAGCCGGAGCCCCUGCUAGAGCGGCAUAGAAAUGGACUUGCGUCUGAGGGUGUCAGAGGGCCCUGCACUUCCUCAGGGAGACGCCAGCCGCUGUCGACUGCAUUUGCGAAUCCAUGCUACUGCUUAGGCUUUGGACUUAACUGAGCUUGGACGUGGUCUGACUUAGAGCCACUUGUUUUGGGGAAAUAUUCAUGGGUAACCUAUUGGAGAUGUCUGGGCCUAUCUUUCCUUUGCUGCACACAGCCUAAUUCUAAGGUCUUGGUAUUUUGCAAAGAAGUUUCUAGAAGGAAAGCUUGUUCCUCACUUGGUGACUUUUUUUUGACAGCUUUGACUUUUAAAGUGGAACCGGACCUCAUUUGGCAAAUGCUGCAGUCAAGCGCAUCUCUAACCCAGCUGGCCCGGGUGCUGCUGGCCUGGUACCCCUGCUGCCAGAUUGGGGGGUCUCAGGAGCCAGGCAGGGCCAACAUGGGGGCCUGUAGGACCGGGCCUAGGGCAGGUCAAGUGGGGUGCUCCACAGAUCAUGUAUAGGCAAACCAGACAACCCUGAUGUCCAGAGUGGUGAUGUCAAGGUUGGGGGUGGGCGGGGGUGCUCCUGGAGAUACAGGAAUGGGCCCUGAAAGUGAGCUAGGGGCUGUCACUAAGAGCCUGGUUUCCAUAGGGAUUGGGAUUGGGAUUGGGAGGGAGCUGAAGCCCAGGACAAGCCCCGUGGCGUUCUCCUGUCCUCCCUGCCUUGUCCCUGCCAGCCCAACUGGCGACAAGUCAGUGUUGGACUCUGGCUGAACACUGUUCAGUGUCUCAUCCACUUGGAAAUGAGCCAGUCUUUUUUCUGCAAGGUCGGUUGACCGAGAGCAUAUUUCCUCUCAACUGUAAAUAGUUCUGUGUUUUUUGUUUUACAGGUGGGUAGAGGGUGGGUGGGGAAUAUAAAUUUGUUGCAUGAGUAAGUGGGUCAGACCUUUAGUAUAAGCAUGCGUCCCUCUGGUUGACAGGGCAUUGUGUUAAACCUAAGCACCUUGGUAACUAAGCCCCUCUAAGUAGCUACAAAAAUUUUAGUUCUGUGUUGAUUACCUUUCUGUAAAAGCUUGGGUUUAUUUUUGUAGGUCUUAAUGACCCAGAAUUAGAGCAUAGCAGUGGGGCUGCUCUGUUGGAAUAAUGUAAAUUGUAAUUAUAAAUAAACAUUCAAACCUUUAAAACUUC